GUCAGAAAGGAAAAGGAACCCUGGAGUCACCGUGGGCUAACAGGAAAGCUGAAUACACUCUUUACUGCAAGUGAAAGCACUGGAAAAUGUGCAAAGGAUUAGCCGCAUUACCCCAAACCUGCCUCGAAAGGGCUAAGGAGAUCAAGUCGAAAUUGGGAGUUUUACUGCAGAAGCCAGAAAAUGCCAUCGACCUCAUCAUCCCCUACCCGGAGAAGACUGAAAAGAAACCGGAGAAGCUACAGAAGCCGACUCCUGAAGAGGCUGCUCAGUGGCGUGAGAGUCUGGACCGUGUCCUGAACAACAGCUAUGGUCUGGCUGCUUUCCGUAGCUUCCUGCAGUCUGAGUUCAGUGAUGAGAACAUUGAGUUCUGGAUGGCGUGUGAGGAUUUCAAGAAGACCAAGAACCCAGUGAAGAUGGCUGCCAAGGCCAAGAAGAUCUAUGAAGACUUCAUCCAGUCUGAGGGGCCCAGAGAGGUGAAUAUUGACCACUUUACCAAGGAUGUGACCCUGAGGAACUUGGUGGAUCUUUCCCCUUCAACCUUUGACCUGGCCCAGAAGAGGAUCUAUGCCCUGAUGGAGAAGGACUCCUUUGGCCGUUUCCUCCGGUCUGAUCAGUACCAGGACCUCCUGGUCAACUAAAUGAAGGAGCUACAGCAGGGGUGGGCAGGUGGGGAGGUUUCAAACAGCAGCUAGAUGGCAUGAAAAAAAAAUAAUAAUUGGAAACCAAUGAUGAAUUUAAAUGAAAUAUUUAUAAUAAACCACCAUUUGUGUGUAAACUAUGAGCUGGAAAUUUGUUAUUUUCCAAAAUCCAGAUUGUAUAACAUACAGUAUAACAUUUCAAUUUCAGCUAAAGAAAUACUGCAAUUUGAAAUAGCCCCACCUUCCAAACAACCCCGCCCCUCCCAAAAAAACUACACACACACUCGCGUGCACACACACACACACACACACACUCACUCCUAUAUUGCUAGCCUAAUUAAGAUUUUAAAGCAUGACGGUCUCCAAGCACGACCUCAGAUGUAAAUCAAAAUUUCCUUAAAAAAUGUAGACGUAUAGGAACACACAAACACACACCAGUGUACACACAGAUGCAAAAGUCAUAUCAAAGCAUACACAAACUAAUUUGUAUGAAAACCUGACAAAUCUUUAAUUAGGCCACAAAAUUAGUUCCUCCAUUUUGGAUGGAUUAAAAUUAUGCUUUUGAAAAUACCCCUUAAAACAUAACCCGACUUAUCCUUUUUCAUCAUGAUGUUGGAACUUUGUCCCAUUAUGUGUAAGCUCGACCCCAUUGCUUGUAUUUUUGACACAUGAUGGUAACAAUGCCAGUAAAAACAGAGAUGGAGGAAGAAGAGUAGUUUAUUGUCUCUGACCUGCUCUACUUUUGCCCUCACCAUUUGGUCUGAAAAACCUAAAGCAUCCCAGUUCUACUUAAGAUUUUACUGUGUUUACAAGGCCUGAAGAGUUAGCUAUAGCUUUGUAAAGCCGAGUCGUAGAUGUAGUUGUCAGUUGAGAAAGAAUGAGUAUUUCCCUAUCGAUUGUGAGCAGUUAUUGGAGGUUGCUGGCAGUCGCUGUGAAAUGCAUUGCUAAGCCCCAGUCACUCAGGCCUAAAGACCAGUCAGCGACCACACGCCAACCACAGGUAACCAGAGGAAAAUGUGUUGUUUUCUGUUGCUAGGUGAAAUUGGUCACAAAGAGGUGUUUGGUGCUGCACCAAAAACAACCUUGCAAUUCUGUUGGUCACUAGCAGAUUGCAGCAAACACCUAUAGUUUGUAUGGAUGGCACCAACUUGUCUGCAAACACUCCCCAACUACUCACUACGUGGUUGUGAAACUGUGAAGAGUGUGACCUUCAAACCACUUGCCAACCAGUCAGGGAAUACACAUUUUUCACUAGUGAUCUGUCAGGGGAUCGCCUGGUCUCUAGGCCUGUGUGACUCAGAGCUUAGAGAGUGCCCAAUUCACCUAUGCCUAAAUGCAUCCAUGUCUUAGCCUUAAACUGAUGUAGAUGGAGGAUUGUUUUUACCACUGUAAACAAAAUCAAAAAUUUAAGAUCAGACAAUGAAAAACAUUUUGAAGUUUUGUUUUACAAAAAUCGCAAGAUUCACCGUAAAUGUACAACAAUGUUAAAUCAUUUAAAAAAAAAGACAUUAAAGUUUUAUCCAGAAAGAUGUGACUGUUAAGUGUCUUGUGAUUUUCCCUGUAAGACUUCAUUGCAUGGAAAGUAUACAACAUUUUAAAAGAAAAACAAUGGCAGUAACACAGUUGGCGGUAUUGAAUCAGCUGAUUGCCUGAAUCAUUUCUACCAAAUCUCUUUAAUAAAAAAAUAUUUAACAUAGUGGAGUACUAUCAAUGCAUGCCUAAUGUUUGUCACAUAACCUUUUUCUUUAUGUCUGUUCUCUCACACUCACAUAGGUAUAAAAAUGUUGAUUUUCACAAGACUCAACCUUUUGGGUGUAAUUCACCCUGUGAGAGCCAUGCUUGAGGACAGUGCUGGCUAGUUGGCACAGUGGUUUAGCUCCUUGGCUACCACUUAACUGCAAGUUGCUAAGAUGGGAAAAUCAAGUAGGAGGGAAUCUCAGAAAAAAAAGUAAACAGAGCAGUGGUUUCAUAUAAAGAAAGGUCUUUUUCCCAUGUCACAAUACCAAAGCUGUACUGUAUGUAUGCAAGUCAAGUCGAUAAAAAGGUCCAGACCUGGUUUUGGUGUAUAUGUACUUGUCAAAAAACAUGGGAAACUGAACUUGGAAGUUUUCAGCGCUUGACAGUCCCUCAAGUGGCUAAUGAGAAUCAUCUGAUGAGGCAUGGAGCACAGAAUUAAACCCUAAAGUGAAACAUCAGUAAGAACAUUUUGUAGCAGCAUUACAAAUUUACAUGUAUAAUAUCAGCUGAUAAAGCCAAUCUUAUAUGUACUUUUCUGUUUAGUUUCAGGUUACGUUUUAUAUUUUCAACCACAACUUGUUUUUUUUUUUCACUACUCUAAAAGUAUUCACCAACUUACACAAGACUAAGAUAUAAUGAGAUGUAAUGUUGGAUUUGGUGUUGGUGUGCAAUGUUUAAAUGUCCUUGAUAUAUACGUUUAGUUAAAUGUAGCAUUCAUUAAGUGUGAUCACAUUUACUUAUGAUUUCACCAUAUUCAGCAAAAGUAUAUUAUGUAUUAACCAACACAAAUACAAUUAUAUAUUCAGCAUUUCAUAAGUCCUUAUUGUUCCCCCCCAAAAAAACAAGACAUCAGGCGUGUUAUAUUUUCUACCUUUUCAAAUUAUCUGAAUUUUUGAAUGUUUUGUUAAAAAGUGAAUUGGACCACCAAAUUGAUAAAGAUCCAUUUCAGGUUUGAUCAGCAAUGAUGAGGCUUCAUGAUGGCACAGAUUGGCCAGUCUGGUGUUUAUGAGAAGUCAUAAAUCAACAUCAUAGAAAAAAUAAAAUUUUAAAAAAUCAAUAAGGGCUUUAACGGUGCUGACAAUGCAUUAUUGGAUGUAGCCUUGCAUGUACCUUUUGGAGUCGAUCACAUAAAAAUAUAUAUGCACACAA